GCAGGACGCACGCGGCGCUCAGAGGAGCAGCUCGAGCUGCAGCAGCAGAGCUGAGAGAAGAGCCAGCGAUGGCUUCACUCAAGCAGGAGCACCGUUACGGGCUCUCCUGUGGAAAAACGAACAAAAACAGCCCCAACAUCACGCUGUACCACGUCAAGCUGACGGACACGGCUGUCAGGGCGCUGGAGGCUUACCAGAACCUCAAGGGAGCUUUACAAAGUCAACCAUCCAUAUGUUUCAGCAGAAACCAAGGGUGCAUCAAGAUCCCAGCUCCUACACCAGAGACACCGUCUGCUUUCCGUGUCUUCACCUUCUACUUAUCAAGUGACAGCAAAGAUCAGCCACAGGCCAGCUUUGACUGCAUCCAUCAGUAUGUCUCCAGCGACGGCCGCGAGCAGCUGGAAGGUCAAGGCAGCAUCCAGGACAAGAUCACCGUGUGCGCCACCGACGACUCCUACCAGGUGACCCGUGAGAGGAUGUCUCAGGUGGAGAAGGACAGCUGGAGCCGCUCGGCCAUUGAGAUCAAACCUGGAGCCACACAUCCCAGUAAAUGUGUGAAGUACCAGAAGAGACCAGCUUCUGUGUCGGCUCCGGAAAAUAACUUCUAUAAACAGCCGACCAACAGCCGCAGGAUGGAGAGCACGGCCGCCCUGGUUCAGAAGCCCCUGAAGGAGCGCAUCGUCCACCUGCUGGCGCUGAAGCCGUACAGGAAACCAGAGCUGCUUCUGUGGCUGGAGAGAGAAAGAGCGGGAGCCAAGGACAAGGCCGAGCUGAGCGCCGUCCUGGACGAGGUGGCCAAGCUGAACCCCAAAGACAGCAGCUACCUGCUGAAGGAUGAGCUGUACAAGGAGGUGCAGAGGGACUGGCUGGGCUACAGCGAGGAGGACAAACUGCUGAUCAGCAGGCUGUUGGCCAGGAAGCUGCAGCCUCACAUCACCAAUCAACCCAGAAACACUGAAACACGUUUGUCAGUAACAAAGAUGUCAGAAGAUCAAAGUAUUGCAAAAAGCAUUUCUGUGAAACGGUCUGUGUCAUUGGACUCGCAGGAAAGACUCGCCAUGAAGAGACAGAAACUAACAGACCAGAGGUCACAGCGUCAGUCAGUGGAAAAAGGACUCGUCCACAACAAAGAAGUUCAGAGUCACGCAGCGCCGACUCUCAGCCCCAGUUUCCACUCAAACUCUGAACCUCAAAGGACGCAGAGCCACACUGACGCCCGGUGCGGCCCCCCCGGAGCCCACGGUGGCUUUCCUGUUACGCACAGACUCCACAGCCCCUCUGACCGACCCGUUUCUGACAGCAAGGAGCCGGAGUCUAAAACAAACGUCCUCCAGCUGCCUGCCUGCGACUCUGACUGCGCACAGAGGAACCUCGCCAACAACCAGCACCGAAAGAAGAAGUCUAAAAAGCACAAGGACAAGGAGCGGGAGAGGUUAAAAGACGACAAGGACACUGAGUGGAUUAAGUCCAGUCCUGAUCACAAGCAGAAUCCAGAGAAWGUUGACAAUCCUGACAUCCCAACUGCUGUGGCCUCUGAGGAGAAGCCGGAUUACGUGCUCGCGUACAGCAGCGUAACGAGUUUGGAUCAACGUCAGCGGUACCAGGAGGAUUUCUGUGCCGAGUACGAUGAGUACAAGGACCUCCAUUCAAGAAUUGCCGCCAUAACUCACAUAUUUGUUCAGCUGGGGUCAAAGAUCAAGAGUCUGUCCCCGGGAACGCGAGAAUACAAGUUAAUGGAAGACCAAAUACUUGAAAAGUACAAGAAGUAUCGAAAGAAGUUUCCGAGCUACAGGGAGGAAAAGAAACGCUGCGAGUAUCUUCAUGGAAAACUGUCGUACAUUAAACAGCUCAUCCUGGACUAUGAUCUCUCUAAAACCUCCUCGUAGCAUCUUCCGUCCAGAUCGUUAUCUGAAACUGUCCACUUUAGAUACAAGAGCAAAGUUUUUACCUGGAGAACUGCUCCUGUCGAGGGCUUCUGCUUGGACCGAGGAGCUCUAAUAUCAGUCAUUGAUUCUGAUCUGAACUUCCCACUGUUCUUAUUUUGUUUUGGUUUUUGGAAGGUCGAAGGGAAAUCUAAAAAAGUAACUUAUAAAAGGUUAAAAAUCAUUGGAAGGUGUUUUGAUGGAAAUGUAUGAAAGAUUUUAA